CAAGAACCCCACGAGACAAAUCGGAGACUUUCCAACACGGUUGUCUACAGUCGCUGACCAUAAUGGAGAAAGCCUUCACGAACGCCAAUUGGUCUGCGCACGCUAAGACUUAUAGCUCGGUGUUCAGUACGCUGACUGCUCGUUGGGCUGCGGAUUCGCUGCAAAUUGCGCAUCAUGCGAUCCUCCAGAAGCUGCAGCAGCACGAGGCCGAGAGCCUCCCCACUCCGUUCCACUUCUUGGAUGUCGGUUGUGGCCCUGGAGUGCUCAGCUUCGAGUUCGCACGUCGAUAUCUCACUUCCCCGACGGAAAUCAGCAUCACGGCUUCGGAUCUUUCCGAAGGAAUGCUGCAACAACUGAAUGACAAAUUCAAGGACGAUCCGACACUGAGUCCGUUCGCACCCAAGUUCACCACGUUGCAAUGUGACGGAAUGGUGUUGGAGGAAAUCUCUGACGGGUCCGUGGAUGUUAUGGGGUCAAAUUUUGGCUUGGGGAUCUUUCCGAAUCGCGUUAAAGGGUGGAAAACAGCCCACCGGGUGUUGAAGGAGGACGGACUAUUGAUCGUCACGACCUGGAGCGACAAGAGCUCGCAGAUGCGCUGGUUCGAUACGAUAACGGACAUGUUUAACGCCGCAGAAGGCGACGGAGAGCCCCUAGACCCUCCGUCGUUCGUGGCAGGUACCGACAAGAAGCGGAUCUUGAUGGAACUACAAGACGCUGGGUUCAAAGACGUUAAGACGUUCUGUACGACGCACACCAUUGUGUUUGAUGACCCCAAGAUGGUCAUUCAAGCGAAUAUGAACAACCCAUUUACUACCAAGUUUUUGGAGAGACUGACGAAGGAGCAAAUGGAACAAACUCUGACCGAGUUGAUGCAGAAGGACGCACAAGAGAACUAUUACCAAGAAGAAGGAGCAAAGAUGGAUAGCACCGAUGCAUUUGCAGAUAAACAGCCGCGUCUGAUUCCGUUCAUCGGAUUUACUGUAGUUGCGCGCAAGUGA